CGACAAAGCAAACGUGCUUCUUCUAUCAGUUACUAUCACUCCGCUUGCCUGUCCGUAUUUGCCAUUAAAACCGAAAAAUUCUGAAUUUUUACUUGCGUCAAUUUUGUUCUUGUUCAUUAGGUUAUUCUUUGCAUUAUUUAAAUUAAUUAAUAUCUUUUAUUUUCGGUUUCGAAAAAUAUUGUGAUUCGCUUGAGAGUUAAGUUUUCUCAUCGGUCACAGCAAUGUCAUUUGUUCGAGUAAAAAGGCGCUACAAUGAAGAUCCGUUCAAUUCCAUUGUCAUAUCGCACAAAAAACUUAAAACAAUCGACUCCGAUUUUAGUGGAGAUUGUGUUUUUCAAUUUGCUGCCACUAUAAAACACGAAAAUGAAAACUUAUCUCAAAUAUUAAAAGAGGUAAAAGAAGGAAAAUCUGUAAAAUUUUUAACUAAGACUAAUAAAAAUAAAAACUCAAAUAAAGUGAUUGAGCAUUCAAAAUCAGAACGUUUAAAAUUGGUUAAUAAUCUUAGAGCUGUUAAACAAGAUAUAGUACCAAUCAAAGAAAAACAUGGAGAAAGUUCUGAAAUAAAAGUUGUUGAUUUUAUUAAGCAUGCAGAAGAUAAUAGUAAACCGUUAAUUGAUGAAGGGAUUUCAGUUGAUUAUGUUUAUGACUUAUAUUAUGCAAAUAAUGAAGACAAAGCAAUUGAUAUACAAGAUAUUGAUAGUGUUCAUGGCUUAGAUUCAGACAAAUUUUAUAGUAUUUGUGGUAAUAUGAACGAAUACGAUGAUGAUUCCUCAUCUUGUGAAUAUGAGGAUGAUUCUAAUGAUGAAGGAAAUUGGAGAAAUGAUUAUCCUGAUGAGGAUGAUAUGGAAAAUAGUGCUGAUGAACAUGACUUUUUAAGUUUGAUUAAUCAAUCAAAACGAUGGACAUUAAAUAAUAGUAGUAAUAGUAGUUGUAGUGACAACAGAAAUACUGAUGAUGAAGACAAUAUUGAUGAUUAUGAUGUGCGUUUUGCCAGGUAUAGACAACGUGUUAAAGCUGAAGAACAUUUUUUUUAUAAUAAUGUCAUAGAUGAUAGUCAUAGUGAGUCAAGCAAUUCUGAUGAUUAAAUUUUAACAAUCUUCAAUUAUGUUAUUACCAACCUUGUAAUUUUUUUUGUCAUGUAUAAAAUAAG